UGAGACGCAAUAACAAAAUGAAGUCCAUGCUGAUAUUUGCAACAGUUUUACUGGUUUGCCAGGCUGCCAAUGUGCCAACAGAGGUCAUUCAUAAAGUUACAGUGCCCGUGCCCAGCAAUGUUUUAUCACCACCACCUCUGCCCUCUUCUGUAAAACCUCAGGACAUUGAAAUUCCCGCCAUUGUUCAAGAAGUUACCAAAAAUCAUAAGCCCGUUACCGAUAAAACCGAAGAAGAGGUUUUGACCACAGUACAACCUGAAACCAAAACCAUAAUGCCUCUCAUGGACAUAGAAAUCACCACCCUAAGUGAUCCUUUAAUGGCUGAUGAAACACAACGUAAAACUAGAGCUAUGCCCUUUAGUGACAAUGAGAAACAACACCAGCAACCCCAAUUAAGCACCGAUAUCAAUGUCAUCAAAGAGUUAUUGGACCAAAGAAAAAAAAUGCCAGCUUCUAAUCGUGCCAUGAGAUCUGUGGUAAUGACAGAAAACUCUAUGGCUGCCACUACUAAGGAAAUGUCUACACAAAAUCCUGUUAUUAAAUCAAUUGAAUCUGACAUGGCCGCCACCAUUGACCCCUGUGACUUGUUGUGCACUAAAUUUGAAUUUGAGCCCAUUUGCGCCACCAAUGGCCUGUGUCUGCAUGAGUUCCCCAAUCAGUGCAUUUUGGAGACUUUUAAUUGUAAACAUAAGAGCGGCAAAUUUACAGCCACCAAAGAUGACAGAUGUCAAAUGCACUGGCUGACCAAGUGUGAGGAGAGUGAGCUGAUUUGAGGGCAAAUAAAUUGAAUAUUUUUUUUGGAAUAAAAAAAAUUAAUAAAAAAAAAUACAAGAAAAAUAAGAUAAAAACUGAAAUAUAAA